GCUUGUACCGGGUGGAGUAAAACGAGUCUGAGGUGGUAAAAUAUUGGUCUAAAAUCGUCUUGUUAUUUGCAAUAGCUUAUUAACUCUUACCAGCCUCUCAUAAAAUGACGACGACAACUAUAUAUUCAGGCAUGGAAGCCGGAGCAAAAAGCAGCUCCAGGGUCCUGCGCCCCCCUGGAGGAGCCUCCAACAUCUCUUUUGGCAAUGAUGAGGAAAAGCCCCCCAAUCGCAAAAACAAGAUGGCCUCCAACAUCUUCGCUGAACCAGAUGACCCACACGCUCAUCGGAGGAACAACCCACCUGGUGGGAAGCCCACCGGAGUGCUGUGUGGAGAGCCCUCAGCCCCACUGAGGAGAUGUGCUGCCCAAUCUUCCUCCAACAACCACGAGGACUCCAACGCCGGGACUGGAGACAAUGAUGUGGGUAAUGCUGAUAACGCUGUGGAGGUUGAGGUCAUUCCUGCCCCAGAGCAGAGGAAUGAGGCCUCCCAGCCCGCCACGGCAGCCUCCCAGCCCGCCGCUGGGAUGACAUCAGGCCGCAGGAACCCCCCAGGGGGAAAGUCCAGCCUAAUCCUCGGUUGAGGUCCCUCUCCUUCUCUUUCUCAGAACUCCGCUGUCCUUUUCUCUUUUUUAAAAGAAGAAUCUCCACCUGUUCAUCUGUGAGUCCAGGAAUUUCGUCCCGUCCUCUUCCUCUCCUCCCUCCCCGAGUCCAUUGUUUUGAUACCCCCUCUUUUUUAAUUUUUGUAUGUUUUUUUUGACAGAAGCACUUUAUGUACCUGAUCCAAGCCCCUGGCAUAUGUAGUGCUGUAGUCACAGGCCCUCUGGCCAAAGGGCAUGAGGUUUAAGUUGUCCCUCACUCCAUCCGGUGUCAAUGGCAAAGUUCUGAUGCGCGAUCAAUAAG